AUGACGGUUUCAGACUUAUUAAAAUGGGCUCAGGAAAAGGGGACAUUCAUUUCUUCGGCUGUUGAAUUUAAAGAAUUAUCUCAAGGGAAUAUUGGUGCUAUAUAUACGGGUGAAUCGAGUGAUGAAACUAAAUCAUCGGAUAAAUUUGACCUUCAACUUCCAAUAGAUCUUGCAAUAACUUUGAAUAAGGCAAUUGAAUCAUUUAACGAUACUGGCCAUGGUGAUUUCCGUGAUAUUAGUAAAAAGACUACUAAUAUUAACUCGUUGUUAAAGUUGUAUUUAGCUCGUGAGAGGACAUCCUCAAAAUUGAAUUCAUCAUACUUUAAGCCUUAUUUGUCAUUAUUACCUAAAUUAAGUGACAUCAACUCGCCAUAUUGCUGGACUUCUCAAGAGAAAGCACUCAUUAAAGGAACCAAUUUGGGUAACUCUUUGAGGGACAAUGUUACACAGUUGGUGGAAGAAUGGUGGCAAGUGAUAAAUCUUUUGCCGCAAGAUUUGCCAAAGCCAGAAGAGCAUUUCAUUAAUAUGAAAUUCUACUAUGAGUAUAAAUUCUACACAGACGAUGAUAUGUAUAACUAUUUUAUUGUUGAUGAAGCAAAGAAUAUAGACAAUUGGACUAGCUUUCCUUGCUAUUUAUGGGCAUCCCUCAUUUUGAAAUCGAGAUCAUUUCCUUCCCAUUUACUUAAGGAUCAUAUAAAGGAUUCUGAUAUCAAAGAAGAUGAAGCGAUGUUACUUCCAAUAAUAGACCUUUUGAAUCACAAUAUGAGUGCUAAGGUAGAUUGGUCUGUUACUUCUUCGAAUUCAUGUACAUAUUUCAACUUCAAAUCGAAUUCAGCUGUACCAGGCGAACAGUUAUACAAUAAUUAUGGUAUGAAGGGAAACGAAGAGUUGUUGUUAGCUUAUGGAUUCUGUAUCGAAGAUAAUUCUGCUGAUUCUGCGGCAUUGAAGAUUAAAGUGCCUUUAGAAAUGUUACCAGAAUUGGAAUCGCAGGGGAUCAAAUUGCCUACAGUAAAUGAUUAUACAACUUCUGUCAUCAGAAAUACAACAGAAACAAAAUCAGAUGCCAGCAUAGAUUAUAGUCAGUAUGAGAAUGGGCUCCUCUUCUUCAUAACUAAGGACCACUUACCGGAAAAUUUGGUAAAGUUAUUUCAAUUUUUAGUCAAGAAUAAAUGGGAAAAUAAAUUGACUUUAAGAACCCAGUUGGCCGGUUUAAAUCAAUUACGUCAAGCAAUUGAAACCAAAAAUGACAUUCUCAAGACUCUUUCUAUUCCAGAUGACGAUAAUACUAAUUUGAAUAAUAUUAGAAUCUAUAUAUUAUCACAAAAGAAGAUCUUUGCUGCUACAAUCAAGAAAAUCAAGCAUUUAGAGAAAGAUUUGUUAGCUGAGUUUAAAUCACAUUUAAUUACAUUGAAGAAUGUUUAUAAGAAGGAUCUAAAAUUCCAACAGUCCUUAUUGAUCAGUUUAGGUAUUUCAUCGUAUGAUUCAAUAAUCGAAUCUCAAUUCCAAGACCAAUGUUGGUUGUUAUAUUUAAUGCGUUGUUACAAUAAAAAUGAGUAUAUCAAGACUGAUAAAGACGAAGAAGAAAAUUAUUUACCUGAGUGGAUAAAAAGUCUGUUUAUUAAGCUUGCAACAGAAACAGAAGUAACUGCUGCAGAGAUUGUAAAUUACAAAGAAAUAUAUCAAAGUUUGAUACCUAGACUUUCGGAAAUCGUUCCAGAAAUAUAUGGAAGAGGUAAAUGGGGAGUCGAUGAGAUGAUCAUCAGUGCCAAAUUGUUAGAUCUCAUUGGUUUCGUAAGAGGUAAGGAGCAAGAGUGUAUUUUGGUUGAACCAUUCGAUCAGUAG